AUGCGCCUACUCUCAUGCACUUUUUACCCGCUUAUGCGCCCGGCUGACGCACAUUUUUUUUCCAGGCACAGUGUUCACCUCCGUCUACGACCUCAUUCGCUCGAAGAUCAAUCUCAUCCCCCUGCGCCUCGUGCACGCGAUAAGGCCAACAAGGCGCCCGCCACGCCGUCACAUCCUCUACACAAGAAGCCUGUGCAUGUGAGGAUUGUUUCCUCCCCCGCCGUGCCGGCGAACCGCGCGCCUUCUACUGCUGACACCGAGCCACCCCAGCCAUCAUACAACUCCCCCAUCCACAUUGACGACGAGAAGGCACCUCCCCAUCGCAACAGAGCCAGGGUGCCUCCCGCUCCCUCCAAGAUCGAGGCGCCUCUCACUCGCCCCGCAGCCAGAGCGCCACCUCCCAGACUCCUACAUGCGCCUCCCAGUCCCAGGCGCUGGAGAACAAGCCUGCCAAAGAGCCACUCUUCUCGGCCGCGAAAAAGGCUAAGUUGGACCGGGUGA